CCCGUGCCGGACCCCCGGGCCGGGAACCCCGGGCGGGCCAUGGCGGGGAGCGGCGGAGCGGGGGCGGCCCCGCGGGAGCACCGCCUGCAGCCCGGGGACACCCUGCCGGGGCUGGCGCUGCGCUACGGGGUGACGAUGGAGCAGAUCCAGCGCGCCAACCGCCUCUACGCCUCGGACACCAUCUUCCUGAAGCCCACCCUGCUCAUCCCGGCCCCGGCGCGGCCCCAGGGGCCCUUCCCGAGGGAUCGGGACCGGGAUCGGGACCGGGACGUUCCCGGGGACGCCCCUGGGGACAGCCCGGAGCCCCCCAGCCCCUCCCGCCACGACCUCUCGGCCUCGGAUUUCCUGCAGCGCUUGGACGCCGAGAUCGGCCGCUCCAAGGAGGCGGCGGCGCAGCGGCUGCGGGGCCACGACAGCGGCCCCGGCCCGGCCGGGGGGGGGCCGCAGCCCCUCGUCCCCGCGGGGGGCCCGGCUCGGACCCCGGCCCCUGACCAGGACCCCGCGGGCGGCCGCGCUCAGGGACGCCGAGGACGAGAUCUUCACCUUGUGACAGCGGGGACAGCGGGGACAGAGGGACACCCAGGACAGCGGGAACAGGACAUUGGGGACACCCAGGACACCCAGGACAUCAGGAAUGGGACACUGGGGAGACCCAGGACACCGGGAAUGGGACAUUGGGAACACCCAGGACACCAGGAAUGGGACACUGGGGACACCCAGGACACCCAGGACAGCGGGAAUGGGACACUGGGGACACCCAGGACAGCGGGAAUGGGACACUGGGGACACCCAGGACACCGGGAAUGGGACACUGGGGACACCCAGGACACCGGGAAUGGGACACCCAGGACACCCAGGACACCGGGAACGGGACACCCAGGACACCAGGAACGGGACACUGGGGACACCCAGGACACCGGGAAUGGGACACCCAGGACACCAGGAACGGGACACUGGGGACACCCAGGACACCGGGAACGGGACACUGGGGACACCCAGGACACCGGGAAUGGGACACCCAGGACACCCAGGACACCAGGAAUGGGACACUGGGGACACCCAGGACAUCGGGAAUGGGAUAUUGGGGACACCCAGGACACUGGGAAUGGGAUACUGGGGACACCCAGGACGAGAUCUUCACCUCGUGACAUCGAGGACACCGAGGACGCCACUCCAGGACCUCCAGAACCCCCUCCCCAAACCCCAAAUCCAGGACUUUGGACCCCUCCCAAACUUGCCAUAAAUCCCCCCCCCCCCCCCCCCCACCAUGGAGAAAACUCCUAAAUCCCAUAAAAAGCCCCAAAUCCCAU